AUGCCAAGUGACAAUCUCAUCGGCGGUGCCGAGACGGCGGUCCCCACCGCCGCCGUCGACCCAAACAGCGGCUUCUGCCAAUCCAACGCCGUCUUCUACAGCCGGCGCGGCCCCUCCCCGCUCCCUCCGGCGGACUUCCUCGAUGUCGCCACUUUCAUCGCCGCACACGCCCACGACGGCGGAAGAACAGCCCUCAUCGACGCCGCCACGGGGACCCACCUCACUUACAACCAGCUCUGGCGCGCCGUCGGCUCCGUCUCCGCUCGGCUCUCCGAGCUGGGACUCCGGAAGGGACACGUAGUCCUCCUCCUCUCCCCGAACUCCAUCUUCUUCCCCGUCGUCGCACUCUCCGUCAUCUCUGUCGGCGCCGUCAUAACGACCGUCAACCCCGUCAACACCCCGGGCGAAAUCGCCAAGCAGAUCGCCGAUUCCAAGCCCUCCCUCGCCUUCACCACCCACCACCUCCUCGGGAAACUCGCCGACGCUUUCAAAAACGGAUCCGUCAGCUCCCCCGUCGACGUCGUCCUCAUGGACGACUGCAGCCACCGUUACCGUUACCCGUCCAACACGAAAAUAGUGUCCACGUUGACCAAAAUGAUCACGUGCCCGGCUGGCAGCAGCUGCAGUAGGGAUCGGGUCAGCCAAAACGACGUCGCGACGGUGCUGUACUCCUCGGGAACCACGGGCGCGAGCAAGGGCGUUUUGUCGUCUCACCGAAGCCUCAUCGCCGUUGUGCAGAACGUGGUGAGACGGCACCGUAUUGCCGUCGCGGAGCGCGGCGUGGCGGAUGGAGGGAAGGUUUCUCCCGCCAAAUUCCUGUGCACGAUCCCGAUGUUCCACAUCUACGGCCUCACGAUGUUCUCCAUGGGCCUGCUCGCGGCCGGGGCCACCGUCGUGGUGGUGUCGAGCUUCUCGAUGGACGAUAUGCUAUCGUCCAUCGAGAGGUUCGGCGUGACCGAUUUGCCCUUGGUCCCGCCUAUCCUCGUGUCUAUGGUUAAGGACGCGGAUCGAAUCAAUAUGAAGUACGAAUUGGGGACGUUGGAGCGCGUGCUGUGCGGCGCGUCGCCUUUGAGCAAGGAGGUGGCGGCGGGGUUUGCGGCGACGUACCCUGGGGUGACGGUGAGCCAGGCGUAUGGGCUGACGGAGUCGCCGUGGGUGGCGUCGAUGGACACGGCGGAGGAGGUGCGGCGGCAGCCAGGGGCGGUGGGGAAGUUGCUGCCGAACAUGGAGGCGAGGAUUGUGGCGCCGGAGAGCGGGGAGGGAUUGGGAGUCAGAAGGACCGGGGAGCUUUGGCUUAAGGGGCCAUAUGUCAUGAAAGGUUACCUUAACAAUCGAGAAGCAACUGUAUCAACUCUUGAUGCAAAUGGAUGGUUGAAGACGGGAGAUAUUUGCUACAUCGAUGACCAAGGUUUCCUUUUCGUGGUUGACCGGUUGAAAGAACUCAUCAAAUAUAAAGGAUAUCAGGUCGCGCCGGCAGAAUUAGAGGCAGUGCUACUUACGCAUCCACAAAUAGAUGACGCUGCUGUAAUUCCAGUUCCGCACAAGGAAGUAGGGCAGUACCCAAUGGCAUAUGUGGUCAGAAAAGCCGACAGUAACUUAUCAAGGACUGACAUAAUGGCCUUUGUCGCAAAAGAGGUUGCUCCUUACAAGAAGGUAAGAGAAGUGGAGUUCAUAUCAGCAAUACCCAAAAAUCCCUCUGGCAAAAUCCUCAGGAGGAAUCUCAUCAAGCUCUCAACCGACACCCGCAACGCCCCCUCCUCCAAGCUCUGA